UCGCUUUGUUGCUGGCGGUGUGAAUGGGGCUUCAGAGUUUUUGUAGCCGCGACAACGACACGCGAUGAUUCUACGUUAUUUUAGGAAUGGUUUCUAUUUUUCUGCGCCGUCGCGGCUGGAACAACAACACAAAGUAUGAUAAUGACAAUCUCAGGGAGUUUGAUUGACAAGCGAUCUAACCAAUCAAAACGCAGAAUCCGUCCGACAAAGCAGAGUUAGAAGAUUAACGUCGUUGGACUUGAACUUGAAAAAUGAUACCCGACCCACAUGGCCCAUCAGUACACGUCUCUCAACUGUCCAGAGGAGAAUGACGAAACCAGGAGUGAAGAGUUUGAGUCGGACAUCACUCACUGUUCCACAAGCCUUCCACAGAUCAUUCACCAGUAUAACGCAGAGAGUUACUCUUCACCGUACGCUCAUCAGACGCCCUACCCCAGCUGGGACCAUCACAUGGGCUGGCCGUCCUCAGAUUCCCCUCACAGCCUGCCCUCCUGCCUUCCGUCUGUGAUCUACCACACGCUCUCAGAGAGCGGCUCGUUUUUUCCCAGCAGGCCUCACUCUCUUCCAGGCAGCUGUAGCCCAAGUCUCGUGAGUCUAGAGCAUCCCAGAUCUCUGCAUUCGUUUCCUCCGUCUGCGCCCUCGCCCUCGUACCCCGGCGUUCACCUGCGCCCGCAGUGCUGCGGUCAGUACCGCCCGCCUCAGCAUCACAUGAACCCCAUCCAUUACUGCAGCUCCAGACCGGGACAUCAGCUGCCCUACAGACCCUCAGGCCUGACGCAGUACAGACAAGUGGAUACACACUUCUCUGAAAAUGGUCAUGCAUCUCUGAACCCCAGACAGAACCCCAGUCAAUGCACACAUCUGUCACAGGAACAGAGGAAAGUUUUUGUCACAUACGAGGCCGACAGUGAAGAGCAUCUGAAGGAGAUCAUUAAGUUUGUGGCUUUGCUCAGGAACAACGGCUUUGACACGCAUAUCGAUGUUUUUGAGCAACAGCUGAACAGCAUCAGUAAGAUCGACUGCAUGGAGAGAUAUCUCAAUGAGAAAGAUUACCUAAUCAUCAUCAUCAUCAGCUUGAGGUAUUAUGAGACGAUAUCAGGCAUUAAUAUCAGUAUGGACAGUGACGAGAGAACGUCAAACACUGUGUACAUCCACAGACAGCUGCAGAGUGAAUUCAUUCAGAACGGCUGCAGGAACUACAGGUUCAUUCCUAUUCUGUUCCCGGGGGCUAAAAAGAGUUACGUUCCCACCUGGCUGCAGAACACGUACAUCUACAGCUGGCCGAAGGAUCGGGACGAUAUUCUCCGCAGGUUAAUGCGCGUGGAGAAAUACAGACCUCCUCCCAUCGGCCCUCUGCCGACGAUAGUCUCGAUUCCCCUCAGUUAGAGGUUCGACGCUUGCAGUCGCAUACUAACAUACUGCUGUUUCUGUAGUACGCAGUAUGUAGGCUAAGUAUGCAUGGAGUAUGCACUCGACUUUUGGAACUGGAAACCAUAUGAGCCAUGUUUUUGAUUUAUUAUUUGAUUAUUUUUGGAUUUAAAAUGCAGUUUUACUUCAGAAAUGACUGUCACACAUGACAAUGUAGCAUACUACUGUUUGAAUACUGCAAUGAUAAAUGAGUUUUUUUGGUAUCUCAUUUGUUAACAUAAGUUAAUGCAUUAGUAGUUAACAGGAACUAACUUUAACUUCUUUGUUAAAGAAUUAG